ACGAGUACUACAUAGAUGCAGCCUUUGCAGGAAACUUCGCAGGCAAAAGAAGAGCCCAUGCCCAUGAACAGUUUCGGGAUUCUACAAUUUGGACCGGGACAUGUAGUACACAACAGCAAAGCACAAAGCACAAGCACAGCAUCUGAGUGAGUGAUCUUUAUUCCGUUGGUUGCUGAUGGGAUGGGAUGGGAUGGCAUAUGAUAUCUCCUCAUUCAUCAGAGCAGAGGUGACUGACUGACUGACUGACUAGUGGAUCACCACUCUGAAAAUGCUGUGCAGCCACCACCGGACCCUGGACCAGCCCAAAAGCCCAUCAACUUGUCUGCUUUUACCAAGACCAAGAAUUGCCAGGGUACAUGCAUUUGGAUCUUUUAGUCUAGACAUGCAUGCUUUGAACUUGAGUUCCACCUCGGUAUUGGGCAUCGACCUAGUUUUGUGCCAUCCAUUGUUGUUAGUGUUAGCUAGCAAACAUGGCCUUAAUCCCAUGAUGAGCAGGUGCAGGUGCAGAUAGCAUCAUCCCCAAAAACAUAAAGCUGCAGCAACAACUAGCCUAGAAAUAAAGCAUCCUAGCUCUUUUCCUCCUCCACCACCACUUCUCAAGUACUCCCAUCCAACACGAACGAACAUCUAGAGCUUGGAAGAAAGCUAGCUAGCGAGAGGAAUAGGAUCGCAAUGGUGGAACGGCCGGGCAGAUCGGCAGGCGUCAGGGAGGCCAAUAAGACUUCCGCUGCCGCCAUGGUGAAGACGACGACGACGACCAAUAAGGAGGAGCUGGAGAGCCCGUCCUACAGGUUAGCAGCGUUCAAGAGCCUCUUCUCGUGCAGGAACAGCCACGCGCGGCCGCGGGCGCCGGACACCGGCACCGGCAGCAGGAGCAAGAGGCUGGGCUGCUCCGCGCCGUCCAUCUGCAAGCUCAAGGACGACAGCGUGCCCGUGCCGCCCAAGGAAACCACGGGCACGGCGUCGGCAGGCGAGCCCUGCAAGCGCCGCGCGUCCGUGAGCGGGAGCAGCGAUCGGUGCGUGAAGAAGCCCCAAUGUGGCGCUGGCAGCAACAAGCAGCUGCAGCGUGGCGGGUCGUCGUCGUCGUCGGGCGGGUCGUCGUUCAGGGCCGGCAUGCAGCUGAGGCGGCUUUCGGGGUGCUACGAGUGCCACAUGGUGGUGGCGGGCAGCGCCUCCAUGAGGGCCACCACCAUCUGCCCCUGCCCGGACUGCGGCGAGGUGUUCGUCAGGCAGGAGAGCCUCCAGCUCCACCAGUCCAUCAGGCACGCAGUGUCCGAGCUUGGCACUGAUGACACGAGCCGCAACAUCAUCGAGAUCAUCUUCCAGUCCAGCUGGCUCAAGAAGCAGAGCCCCGUGUGCAAGGUCGACCGCAUCCUCAAGGUGAACAACACGCCCAGAACGCUGGCCCGCUUCGAGGAGUACCGUGACGCUGUCAAGGCCAGGGCGGGCGCCGAGCAGCUGGCGGUAGCGGCGGCCAACAGCAACAGGCACCCGCGCUGCACCGCCGACGGCAACGAGCUGCUCCGGUUCCACUGCGCCACCCUGGCCUGCUCGCUCGGCCUCAACGGCGCCACGCACCUCUGCGACGCCGCGGGGACCUGCGCAGCGUGCGGCAUCAUCCGCGACGGCUUCAGCAGCGGCGGGGUGCUGACCAUGGCCACGAGCGGCCGCGCGCACGACGCUGCGGAGGCUGGCGCCGGACUGGAUGAGGAAACCACUCCAAGGGCGAUGCUGGUGUGCCGGGUCAUCGCGGGAAGGGUGAAGCGGCCCAAAGAAGCGGUACCAGAGGAGGAGGCCGUCGCCGACGCCGCCGAGGAGUCAGAGUACGACUCGGUUGCGGGGUCGGCCGGGGUGUACUCCAACCUGGAGGAGCUGCUGGUGUUCAACCCCAGGGCCAUCCUCCCAUGCUUUGUCGUUGUCUACAAGGCUUAGCUACUGGUGGUUACACUUUACAAUCCAUGCAAUGCAGUCCUUGUAUUAAGUAACAAACAAUUCAUGAUAAACCUAAUGUAUUGACUGACGAAUGGUCACUCUUAAC